AUGGCAAAGAACGGAAAAUUGUUUUACUAUAGUUCAAAUAAUGCUCCGGUGACAUUCACUCGUCUGCCUAAUGGCGAUAUAUCACUCAAUCGUGGAACCAAACGAUAUCUGACGGGUUUAGCGCUUCAGCAAGUGUUGGAUGUCAACAACCUGACCAUUUUCCGGAGAGUUGGAUUGUGUCAACUGUACAGAGAAUUUUGGACGGAUGAGCUGAAGAAAGAUCCGAGCAAGCAAAAAAUGAAUCUCAUGGUUGUUUAG